UGCACCUCUUUCACACCCCUCCAGAGCAGCCACCAUGGCAGCCCAGAGUGGAAACACUAGUUUUGCACCCAACUUUAAUCCGCCCCAAGACCAUGCCUCCUCCCCACCCUUCAACUUCAGUUAUGGUGAUUAUGACCUCCCGCUGGAUGAGGGUGAGGACGUGACCAAGACUCGAACCUUCUUCGCAGCCAAGAUUGUCAUUGGCAUUGCGCUGGCAGGCAUCAUGCUGGUCUGCGGUAUUGGCAACUUUGUCUUCAUUACUGCCCUUGCCCGCUAUAAGAAGCUGCGCAACCUCACCAAUCUGCUCAUUGCUAACCUGGCCAUCUCAGACUUCCUGGUGGCCAUCAUCUGCUGUCCUUUCGAGAUGGACUACUACGUGGUACGCCAGCUGUCCUGGGAGCACGGCCACGUACUCUGUGCCUCUGUCAACUACCUGCGCACAGUCUCUCUCUAUGUCUCCACCAAUGCCCUGCUGGCCAUUGCCAUUGACAGAUACCUCGCCAUCGUCCACCCCCUGAAACCGCGCAUGAAUUAUCAAACCGCGUACUUCUUGAUCGCUUUGGUCUGGAUGGUGUCCAUCCUCAUUGCCAUCCCCUCGGCCUACUUUACAACAGAAACCGUCCUCUUCAUCGUCAAGAGCCAGGAGAAGAUCUUCUGCGGCCAGAUCUGGCCCGUGGACCAGCAGCUCUACUACAAGUCCUACUUCCUCUUCAUCUUUGGCAUCGAGUUCGUGGGCCCGGUGCUCACCAUGACGCUGUGCUACGCCAGGAUCUCCCAGGAGCUGUGGUUCAAGGCGGUGCCCGGGUUCCAGACGGAGCAGGUGCGCAAGCGGCUGCGCUGCCGCAGGAAGACCGUGCUGGUGCUCAUGGGCGUGCUCAGCGCCUACGUGCUGUGCUGGGCGCCCUUCUACGGCUUCACCAUCGUGCGCGACUUCUUCCCCGCCGUGUUCGUCAAGGAGAAGCACUACCUCACCGCCUUCUACGUGGUCGAGUGCAUCGCCAUGAGCAACAGUGUGAUCAACACUGUGUGCUUCGUGUCGGUCAAGAACAACACCAUCAAGUACUUCAAGAAGAUGAUGCGGCUCCACUGGCGCUCCCCCCACCAGGGCAGCAAGUCCAGCGCCGACCUCGACUUCAAAGCCAGCGAGGUGCCGCCCACGGAGGAGGUGGACUGUAUCAGGCUGAAGUAACCCGCCGGUGUCACACCAUUGGAAACUGCAAUUCAGCAUUGCCUGUCAUCAACCAAGUUCACGGUCUGCGUGGGAAAGGGCAUCUGUGUUCAUGGCUCUCUCCCUCCAGGGAUGCUUCUAACUCAUCACAUGCAAUGAGACUAAAAAGCUGCAGCAUGACAUUUGCUGAGAUCUGCUCAAUACCUGCUGUGUGCACA